CUUUCGCGUUCUCUCUUUCUCUCUUUCUCUCUCUCUCUCUCUCUGUCUCUCUCUCUCUCUCUCUCUCUUAAUCUUCUUUGUUUCUAGAGUUUGCGCUCUUCUCUUCCUAGUUCUGGUAGGCCCUACUAGGUUUUGACUUAGUCAUAUGCAUGCACUAGUUCCGUUAAAAAAACAAAACUAAAUCUUUUUUUUUUCUAAGACUACGUCUGUCACAAAAUCCGUCAAUUUAAAGGUUCACCUGACAUCACAAAACUGGAUCAAUUUUUCCUAAUGUUGAGUUUACAUUAUCAUGGAUGGGGUAAAAAUUCUUUAGUAUUUCAUUGACAUCUUCUUAAUUCAUUUUCUGCUCGAACCAUUCUCUGAGUUUGGCUGGAAUUCGGACAGAAGCUGAAAUGUAUUCAUGUAUUCAGCAACAUUUUUCGGUACACUGGACCGUUUACACAACUUUUUAUCGACUUCAGCACACCGCUAGGACGUCCUCAACACAAUAACUGUAAACUAGCUUUAAGCGCUUGGUUAAAAUGUGCUGGAGCGCCAGAGGAGAAGUCGUUAAGAUAGUUUCAUUUUUAAAUAUUGUUGUAACCCCGCUCCCGCGUUACACUAAUGGUGCGCAUCUGAGCACUACUGAACACGACUAGUGAAAGACAUAUUGAGACAGGAAGAAGGACUGUUGUGAGCCAGCUAGAAGUCAUGGGAGUCUGAACAGUCUGGUGCUGAGUGCUGUCCUGUGUGAUACUAGGAAACUGUGUGGGAGACCUGGAGCGACACUGGGAAGUGUGUCGGUGGUCUGUUUUGUGUUCUGGUAUAAAGUAGGACUCUUAGAACUUAGACAUAUUACUCCCUGUGACUUUAUAGCAGACGUCCAAGUCUAACUAGUAACUAUUACUAUUUGUUGAUGCUUAUACUAGUUAUAAUAAAUAAAUACAUCGUUUACUGUUGCCGACCUGUCUUUCGUUGAGUGCCUGCCUUAGAGAGUUACAACAACUGUUGUCAGAAGUGGGAUUUAGGCAGCUCAACAAAAGGAUAAGAAUGACAACGCUUAGGAAGCUAGAUGAACUUAGCUGUAAACAGUUAAAAGAGGAGCUCCGAGACAGGGAGCUGAGGAUCUUCUGUGACAAAGAAAAAAUGAGAGCCAGUCUUUGGCAGGCCCUUGUUGAUGAAGGGGAGGAUCCGGAAACAUAUGUGUUUGAGAUAGAACCAGAUAUUGGUGAGGUGCUGAACACCAUGCAAAACUGGUUAUGUGAACUUUGUACUUUCCAGUAUUCGAUGAAUCAUUCUAUGGACAAACUGAUACGUAACGUGCAAGGCCAGAUCAAUCCAGUAAGAGAGAGGAGUCCAUCAUUCAACAACAAUGAACCGUUACUCAUUCAAGACUAUGGCUGUACUGAUAGUUACAAAGAAUGCGUCAAUGUUAACAAGAAAAACGCAGAUGAACAGAAAGAGACAGUUGAAGCAAUAGAAGAAGUCUGCUACGCGACUGAAACUUUUGAUGUACCAGCUUUGAGUGCCACAACGACCCGGACAGAGCAGGACAACUUUGAGCCUGUCACUUUGGACCUUAAGGACCCCUGUCGAUCGACCUACGAGGGGAACUUAAAUUUUGAUUGUUGCAUUCAGGCGGUAAGCAACAACUGUACAUGCGGUGCUUCACGAAGGGAGUGCAAAUGUCAAGAAACCCAUCAACAGGGUCUGAAACCAGUGGACUUCGAUACUUCUGUUUUCACCCGCGAGAGAGGCCUUGAAGGUGGUCAGAAGAACCCUGCCGCUGAUGAACUUGUGCACGUGCCCCGCAGACAUGUCUUUUGGACACGCUUGAAGAUUAUGCCGUGUUUGACUACCUGGCCUCCUGGGGGCCUACGGUGCAUCAAGAAAGCGUGCUGGAGCAAUGUGUAAGACCAAUGGUCUUGAUGACCACCGCCAUGACAUCCACUACCUCUCUUCCUGCCAUGAAGCUGCCGUCGGUGCUGACUGAGAGAAAGGCCAGACAACGAAAACGACGCCCCCUUAACCAAAGGCAGAUCAACUGGAAAAGGAGAAAGCGGCAUCUGCAGAGAGCAGUGUGGAUGACUUUGUGGGGAACACGCACCCUGCCAUCUGUGACUCCCACUGACCGACCUCCACCUGCACUGACCAACGUCCACCACCCUGUAGGGCACCUGAAUUUUUUCGGGACGAACAGAUCUGAGAAGGGGGCAAUGUUGUAACCCCGCUCCCGCGUUACACUAAUGGUGCGCAUCUGAGCACUACUGAACACGACUAGUGAAAGACAUAUUGAGACAGGAAGAAGGACUGUUGUGAGCCGGUUAGAAGUCAUGGGAGUCUGUUCUGGUAUAAAGUAGGACUCUUAGAACUUAGACAUAUUACUCCCUGUGACUUUAUAGCAGACGUCCAAGUCUAACUAGUAACUAUUACUAUUUGUUGCUGCUUAUACUAGUUAUA